AUGUCUCAACAACCACAACAACUCACUCAGCUUGCUCCUUUUGCUCACUUUGGAACCGACGCUAUUCAUGCUGGACAAACACCAGACAAAUACUCGGGUGCCGUUAUUACUCCAAUUUCUUUGAGCUCUACCUUUGCUCAAGUUUCGCCUGGUGUUCAUUAUCCUGGCCAUUAUGAAUACGCAAGAACAGCCAACCCAACCAGAGACGCCUUUGAGGGAUGCGUUGCUGCUUUGGAAAAUGGCAAAUACGCUUGUGCUUUCAGCUCCGGCCUCGGAUGUACCACUACCUUGCUUCAUAUGUUGCAGGCUGGUGAUCAUGUCAUUUCUGUUGAUGAUGUUUAUGGAGGUACUGGACGUUACUUUAGACAAGUUGCUUCCAAGUUCUCAUUGGAAUUCACUUUCAUUGACUUGAACAAGGAAGAUGAAUUCAAGAAUGCUGUUCGUCCUGAAAAAACUAAAAUGAUUUGGUUGGAAACUCCAACGAACCCAACUUUACGUAUCACUGACAUUGAAAGAGUACAUCAAUGGAGAAAGCAAUAUUGUCCACAAGCUAUUCUUAUUGUAGACAACACCUUCAUGUCUCCAUAUUUCCAAAGACCAUUAGAUUUUGGUGCUGACAUUGUCAUGCACUCUGUUACCAAAUAUUUGAAUGGUCACAGUGAUGUCGUCAUGGGAGUCUGUGCCACUGCUAAUGAAGAAAUCUAUAAGAGAAUCAAGUACUUGCAAAACUCGAUGGGUGCCAUUCCUUCUCCUUUCGAUAGCUUUUUGGCUCUCAGAGGUUUAAAGACUUUGCAUGUUCGUAUGAGACAACAUCAAGAAGCUGCUAUGGCCGUUGCUCAAUUCUUGGAGCAUCAUCCAAAAGUUGCUAAAAUUGUGUACCCUGGUUUGAAGGCUCACCCACAAUAUGACAUUGCAUUGAAACAACAAACUGGUUUUGGUGGUAUGAUUACAUUCUGGAUUAAGGGAGGCAUCGCACAAGCAAGACAAUUCCUUGAAAACUUGAAGGUUUUCCAAUUGGCUGAAAGUUUGGGUGGUGUUGAAAGCUUGGUCAAUCAUCCUGCUAUCAUGACUCAUGCUUCCGUUCCUAUUGAAAUGAGACAAAAGUUGGGAAUUGACGAUACAUUGAUUAGAUUGAGCUGUGGUAUUGAGGACGUUGAGGAUCUGAUUAAGGAUUUAGAAACUGCAUUCUCCCAUGUCACUCUCGAAUAA